GAUUCAAAUUCAAUAUGGCGGCCACGUGUUUGAAAAUCUGAAGCGGAUGCCCUCCCAAAAACACCAAAUUAACUUCAACCGUCCCUUGUUUUCAUGUAAUGCAUCGCUACAUUUUGUCUUAACCACAAGAUAUGGUAAACACGGAAGACAGGUCCAGCUCGGGAGACCACUGGGAAGACGUGUUUAAGAGAAACCGUCUGGUUCCCCCGUCCCGUCAGUCAGUCCGACUAGCUGCGGAAAACCACUUCACCUCGUCCCUCGGCUUCCAGCUCCUCUUCAAGCACCUCACUGCACCUCACCUCCCGCAGGAAAUCUCAGCUGUGGAAGAUAUGACCUACCAGCUGCGAGUGACGCUUUUUGAUAGGAAGCUCCAGCACUUCUUUGGGAAAACAUGGAUGAGUUCACCCCAAAAGAUGACAAACAGCAAGAUUUCUUUCAGCGAGGUCCUGUACUUCCAUACGUCUUUGCUGAUACCCAGCACCCUGCUUAUUUUGGAGCUGGUGUCGCUGUCACCCAAACUGGACGGCUCCCAACAGUUUUUGGGGAGAGGCUUCACUGUCCUGGAGCUUUUUACAAACAGGCCAGAGGGUCCGGCUGAUGGGAACAGAAGGUUGAAUUUACACCAUGGAUCACCUCGAGGCCUGCUCCACCCCCUGCUCAAGGGCUCUGCUGAUUACUGCAAUCUCUUGAAGAUAAUUGAUGGGUCCCAUUUGGACUGUGUGGUAAAAAAACAUCCUCCACUGGCUUCUGUGAUGCAUCUCCUGCCUGAGAAUGCCCUUGUGUCUGGCGAUGACAUCAUUCCUGGGCUUGCAGCUUCUCCAACAGGCGACGCUCUGCUGAGGCCUCAGCUGGUCAAGAUGAUGCCCUUCACCCUGAGUAGACUGACCAUUUCCCUCCAGCCUUCCCUGGAGAAGUUUGAGAACCUUCUGCUGCAGCUCAUCAAUGCCGACUGCCAUGACACAGAUCCAGGAGCAGAGGGUACCGAAAGGACAGUUGUCAUCCAGGAAAGGAGGCUCCACAUUGGUGUGCACAAUGGUUGGUGUUUCCUUGAUAAACCCCAAGUGGUCGUGCUGGAGCCUGUUACUACAGGGGUCAGAGGACGAACAGACAGUUCCUCUAAAAAGAGUACACUGGUCAAGGACAGCUCAGGAGCAUCCUCCCCCGGUCAGAUGCUGGGCCUGCGUAGCAGCCUGGAACUCAAACUGGCCAAUAAUCAGGGUUUGGCAAUUGCCUUUCAGCUGGAGUACGCCUUCUCUGCUCCGAUAGGCCGAGGGACUACGCUGUUUGAUGCCUCCACUCACCGAGCUGCCUUCCUGCAGUGCCUUCGUUGGGGAAUUUGGUGCCCCUUCCAGAAACCAGCUGUCUGGAAAGACAAAGAGAUUCAGCUUGUUCUGCUUGGAGGUGCAAAGCCAAACCCUUACGGAGCGAUGGUCUACAGCACAGAGACCUCCAGAUCUCAGAGUCUUAAACCAACUCCUGUUUCCAGCACUGUGCAGCAGGACUCAGAGGCAGAAGAUAUGAUAAGAUUUUGGCUGUUGUCCAGCCUGGAACGGAAGACAUCCAGCCCAAGGGUAUCUCAGAGGAAGGAGGAGGAUGUGUCACAUCAGAGAAAAUCACCUUCAUCACCCUCAGAAAGUCAAAAACCCAUUCUACAGACUUCUCCUCCAGAUUCUCCACAAGGUCCUGGGGCCUUUUCAGCGGUCAGCAACAUCACCCACCUGGAAAUGGACCUUCGACCAGAAGACGAUGAGUCACCUUCCAUGCAGGAUGAAGGAGCCCAGCUUCAGGAGCUGCCCUUCACUCCUGUUCACGCUCCUGUUCUUACUGUGGGAAUGAAUGUGCCCAGUUCCUGUUCGGUCAGCUCCAGGAGCUCACUGGCUCACCUCUUCUCAGCUGGCUUUCCUGAAAUUGUGGACUACAGCGGCCAGGUGGCAGAAGUCCUGGACCCCACAGAACCUCUGCCCUUUGAUCCUCAGCGGGAAGAGACUGACCUUUUACAGGGAAACCUGCUGGUGUUUCAAUUUUUGGCAUUUACCAGAAUACCAACAGCAGGUGUUGGUCCUGAUUGGCCUGGAAACAUCCAUGUUACCUUCCAGUUUUAUCGCUUCCCACCAGUUACAUCACAGCAGCUCAAACUUUUGAGCAAUGAGAAGGUUCAGCAGAAAGCCACUGAGAUGCUUCCCUGUGUGCUGGCCUCCAUCAGCAACGAUGGAUCUGUUCAUUCUGGUACCCCAGGCCUGCAGAUGCAGUUCAGAGUAGAUAACAGUUUCCUGAGACCAGGAGAGAAGUGCUGGUUCCUUCGCUACCUUGCCCUCCACACCAUGCACAUCGACAUCUGGGACAGUGACUCAUUGCUUCUUAUUGGCUCCACUGCUGUUGAGCUCAAGUACAUGUUGCGUCAUGGUAAAUCUGCUGUUCAGGCUCUUCACGAAUUAGAAGUACUCACCACUGAUUACAUGGGAGAGGAGACCUUACUGACUGAAACAGAUUUGGGACCACGCUUAUUAUCCAGCCCGUUGACUGUUCGCACUGUAGUCAGAGGCCGGCUCCACUUACGAACAGGCAACAUAGGCUGUCCAGUAGACCCUAACAAGAAGAAAGCUGCAGAUGAUAUUUCAGCUCAUUCUCACAUCAUCACACCUCGUGAAUUUACCAGCGGCUUCAGAGGAGGAAGCCUGUCUCCCAGAAACACCUUCCAGCUCAGUGCCAGGACCACUGCACAAGCACACAGGCUGGAGAAAGAUGGGGACCACACGCUGUUGUACAGCAGGAUCAGAGCUGACGCCAGCAUGCCAGGAGAGCGAAACCUAAAGGACACCAGCAUUGAGCGCCGGAAGCUGGACUGCAUGGCUGCCGUGCAUCAGCGGGAGGCCAAGGACAACUCGGCUGCAACUGAAAUUACAGAUCACACAAGGGAAGUUCAAGUGGCCAGGGAACAUCAAGCCAAAUCCAGAGAAGCCUACAGCAAGGCAGAGGGAAUCGCCAACAUGCUGAGCCAGGCCAUCACCACGCAGCACCUCCUCUACGCCAGUCUGGGCUCUGCUGAAUACAUGGAGUUUGUCCUUAAAAAUCCCUUCAACAUCUAUCAGUCAGUCACGAUUCAUAGUGACGAUUCAGAACUCAGUGUCAUCACUGACACCGAGGAGUGGCGUUACUUCAAAGCACUAACCACAACUCCUACUCCAGUGGAAGAGAACUUGUUUCGUGUGGAGGAAGGAGCCCCAGGUCCCCAGGUUUACCUCCGACCAAAAGAAACCGUCCACAUUCCUCUGAAAUACCAGAGCUUCACUUGCAACCACACCCUGGCCGUCCAGGGACCAAGCUUUCUGCCUACAGGAAAAGGGUCUCACAUGGCCAAGAAGAGUCUGUCCAAUAUUAUUAUUGCCAAAACCAUCAAGGUAACAUUCAGGGCAAGCGAUGGCAAGCCAAUGGCCAUCUGCCAAGUGAAUGUGGAGCCAACACCCCACGUUGUGGACCAGACUUUCAGACUGUACCACCCAGAACUUUGUUUCCUAAAGAAGGCAAUACGCCUGCCACCAUGGCAUGACCCCACAGAAGAUCCAGAUUCCAGGAGUCAUAUUUCUGUUCGCUGCAGCGACCCUAACAUCAUCUGCCAGACGAGGAUGCUGGUGCCAGGAGAACCUCAGGAUGUGUACUUGAAAGUGCCCGGCAGUCCCAGCCCACACAUAAAAAUGUUCUUCGUGAUGGUCUUCACAGAUAAGUGGAGGGCAGUGCCUUCCCAGGUCUGGCAGUUUUACUUGCAUUUUCUGGAGCGGGUGGACGUCAGUUGUGUCACUGGCCAGCGGAGCUGUCAAUCACUUGUUCUGAGAGGAAAGCAGGCUGUGCGAAAGAUUAAAUGUUUCUCUUCUCACCCUAAGGAGAUUGAGGUGGACCCAGCUGGUGCAUUUGUUUUGCCUCCUGCAGCUGUGCAGGAGCUCCAGUUAAGGGUCCAGCCAUGGCGGGCCGGCAGCCGCUUCUUGUAUUUGAAUGCAGUAGAUAUCGACCAUCAGAGGCUGAUCGCUGCUUGGCUCAUCUGUCUUAAUGUCCACCGCCCAGUACUGUCCAAGGCAUUUGAGGUGUGUGUCCCGGUUAGCGGUGGCCGCGGCAGCUCCAGGAAGAUCACCUACACCAACCCUUACACCAGCGGUCGCACGUUUGUGCUCCGCUCGGACCACCCGGACCUGCUCCAGUUCAAAGAGGAUAAAUUUCAGAUUGGCGGUGGAGAGACUUACACCAUUGGAUUAAGAUUCGCUCCCAGCCAGAGUCCGGGCUCAGCAGAGAUCUUGGUCUACGUCAAUAACCUGGAGGAGAAAACAGAGGAGACCUUCUGCGUGAAAGUCAACUAUUCGUGAGGAUCAGCUGGGGAAAAGUUAACCAAUCUGGACUUCAGCUGUGCUUUCAGUGUGCAAAACUUACCUUAAUUUAAAGGAAGUAUCCUAUAUUUUUUUCACAGUGGUGGAAACUUUGUAUAAAAUAUAAAUAAAUAAUUUUUUUUUACUGUU